AAGAAAGCAAGAGAGAGAAAUGGCAUCCACCGCUCCCACCACCGCCGGCCUCGCACCCGGCGCGCCCGCACCGCCCAGCGAGGCGCAGCCCGGCCUGGCGCCGCCCGCUGCGCCGCUCGCCUCCGCCGCUGCGUCCACUGGCAGUGCUGGUGCGCCGGCUCUGGCGCCCACCACAGGCGCCACGACGGGCCCGGCAGCGGCGGCAGCGGGCGUGCCGGGCGUCGACGCAGCGGCAGCGGCAGCGGACCCGCACGUGCCCGCCACGGCAAAGGAGGCGCCGCUCAGCGGGCCGCCGCCGGCCGACGGCGUUUCGUUCAAGGACCAGGUUCGCGGCUACGCAAAGUACACGGCCGGCAAGCUGACGGGCAACGACAAGGAGGUGCAGCAGGGUGCGGCUGUCGUGCGCGGCGUCGAUGCUCCCGCUCCCUGAUGCACGUCCUCUUCACCCCCCCCCGUCAUCGCGCUACUUUCCGUGCAGCAAUCCGAAUGCCCAGUCUCUCCCUCUUCGCCUCUCCCUCUGGCUCUUCUCCGUUUCGCCUCGUAGUCCCUUCGUCUUUCUCUCGGUUUCGCGUCGCGGUGGAAGAAAGAUGCUUGUGACCGA